AUGUCCCUCCCACGCACUACUACCACCUUCACCCGCCUUCUCUCCAAACGACCACCCACCCACCUCAUCCCUCACACCCAAUUCCGCACCAUCAAAGCCGGCGCCGCCUCCUCAGCCAUCGAAUCCCCCUCCACGCUCCCUUCCUACCAUGACCGUCUCGAGCAGCCCCCAACCCCCCCUCAAUCGACGCUCUCAGCAGCCGAACACCUCAUAACCACACACCCUUUGGUCCAAUCCCUGCGCUCGAACCCCUCGUACAAAGAAUCCCGUCCCCAUUUGCACAUGAAAUCCUCGCACCGGCCGAACCACUUCGUCGCGGGGACGCUCUCCGGCGCGAAUAAGGUGACCGUGCCGCCGUAUAUGUUCACUUCGAUUGUCAACCGCAAACCAUCCUCCCAGGAGGGAACAACAAAAGAAGGAAAGGAAUCUCCGCGCGCGCGCCUCAUCUCGGUCUUUCACAUCGGGCCACAGCUCUGCGGACAUCCUGGGUAUGUGCACGGAGGUUUGCUGAGUGUGAUGUUCGAUGAGGCGUUCGCGAGAUGCGUCUCGGAUUCGUUCAAGAGUGGGUUGGGCAUGACGGCAAAUUUGAAUGUGGAUUUUAGGAAGCCGGCGUUGCCGGAGCGGGUGUAUGUGCUUAAGGCGGAGACGGUUAAGGUGGAGGGGAGGAAGGCGUGGGUGGAGGGUGAGAUGAGGAGUAUGCCUGCUCCUGGUAGUGGGGAGGGUGAGGAAGGGGAGACCGUCGUGGCGGAGGCCAGGGCGUUGUUUGUGGAACCGAAGUUUGCGGAGUCCAUGGUGCCGCUGUAUCGGAAUUGA